AUGCCUUUCGCAUACAAGAAGACUCUGAUCAUCGGAGCAACCUCCGGCAUUGGAAAGGCUUUGGCCAUCAAACUUAUCGAGAAUGGAACUCCAUUGAUCAUUGCUGGACGAAGAGAAGAAAAUCUCAAUUCAUUUGUUCAAGAGCAUGGGUCAGACAAGGUCAAGUCUAAGGUUUUUGAUGUCAUGCAAUUAGACAAGAUCUCUCACUUCGCAUCGGAAGUCAUCGCAGAGGAUCCGGAUCUCGACUGUAUUUUUGUCAACUCUGGUAUCCAGCGACCUUUCGACUUUUCCAAGCCCGAAACUGUCGACCUAGAUAUUUUCGACCAGGAAUUGAUCACAAAUUACACCUCGGCCGUCCGUAUAUCCAAGGCAUUCAUUCCUCACCUUCAAAAGCAACCUGGUCAAACGGCACUUGUUUUCACGACUUCUCAGAUGGCUCUGGUUCCAAUGAUGCGUUGCCCCAAUUAUGGUGCGUCAAAAGCUGCUUUGCACCAUUUCAUUCUUGCACUUCGCACCCAGCUUCACGACGGACCAGGCAAUGUAGAUGUUCUUGAGAUCUAUCCACCGGCUGUCCAGACCGAGUUACACGAUGCCAAACACCAGCCUGAUCUGAAAGAUGGUCACCUUAUCGGCAUGCCACUUCAGGAAUUUGUCAGCGAGGUGUGGAAUCAACUUGUCCAAGGAAAGGACCAGAUCGCAGUGGGAUCAGCGAAAGAUGUUUUUGAUUCAUUUGAAGUUAAGAGACAAGAACUUUAUCAGCAGAUGACAGAAAUGCUUUCAGGUCUAUUGAAGCAAUUUCUGCGGUGA